AAAGACCUCGGUGGGAGCGCAUCAUUAGCAUAAACCCUAGACGGUGUUCCCGGAGAUUCAAAGGAGAGGGAAACUGGAAGUAGAAUCAGAUAUGUCGGACAGAGAAGACGAGAAUGACGCGCCCGAGGAGUUUACAGCCGACCAGGGCGCACAACAGGAAGAGGAAAUAAGGAAAAUUCAGAAAGAAAGUAAAGUGAGGGUUGGUCGUGAAAAAAAAGAACGUAGGAGAAAAUUGGCUCAGAGGUUAACCCCCGACCGCCCAAAAAAGGGAAAAGACUCCCAGGAUGUAUCAGAAACCGAAACUGAGCAAGCAUCAACAGAAGAUGCAGGAUUUCUUCCGGACAGCAUUGUCCAGAUGAUUGCAGCGAGGGAGAAACAGGUUCUCUUAUCAGGCUCGGAUGAUGAAGAUAAAGUUGAGCCUACUUCAAGGAAGAAAAAGUCGACGAAAACACGCUUGGAUGAUGAAGAUGGUCCUGUCAUUUUGGACGACAUUGGGCCCCCUCCAUGUUUACAGAAGUCCUUAGAAUUCUUGAAGAGAAGGAAAAUGGAGGUUCCGAGAUCAUCGUCAGUUUUGAACAAUUCCAACCGAGCAUUACGUCUGCUAACUGGCUCAGGUGUUCUGGGUCGAAACUGAGGACUUGUUAUCAUCUGUUUUCUAUCAUAAUUCUUAUCCGCAAUUGUCAUUUCUCUUUUGCAAUGCUAUUAUCGAUAUUGAAUAGAAAGAGGCGAAUAUAUUUUCUCGAAA